UGUCAGAUGAAUUUUUUUGUAGCAGUCACUCUAAGUAAUUUUAUCAUGUUUUCAAUUUUUUUCGAUUGAUUUAACUCGGUUUUGAUUUUAGUGACGCAAAGUGACCACGAUAAUAUGGAAUGAAAUUAACUUUUGGUGAUUGAGAUUGACUCUGUAGUUCGUUGUUGUAGCUCAAAAAGAUGUCUUCGUCAAAUGGUUUUGGCGGCACCGCGGCGCUACAGUUCUUACGAGGUCCCGAUGGUGCCGCCGCAUCACUCCCUGGAGCUGGCGCUGCUGCGCAGGACGAAAUGAUUUUCCGUAUUCUCUUUCGAAUAAUUGAAGCCGUGCCGAUUUCACCAGCUGCGCGACGAGCGUUCAGUGGCAUUCUGCGUUCGGUCAUUCAAUAUGUCAGAACGCACUGUGGCCCGAAGUCGGCUAUUGCAGCCGCGCUCGUGAUCUACAUCAACUUUUCGCGCAAGCCGCGCAGCGUCGCCCUGUUCGAUGUUUCGCUGCGGUUGCCGAUUUUUUUCGUGCCAUUGGUAGCGUUUUAUUCCGCCUUCCAGCAAUUUGCUCGUCGUUGGCAACGAGAGGUGUUCACGCUCAAGGGGAUACCGACACCAGAACCCAAGAACAACAUCAGUGAUCUCGGAAGAGCAAUUGGCAAGGCACUGGCGGGCCGGGAACCGAAAAGUACUGCAUAUGUAUGUGUCAAAAGUACGCCCACAACAUGGAGCUGCUCAUUAGCACUGUGAUCAGGAAAUCCGUUAUUGAAAGCACUGAAAGCGUCGCGUAGUCGAGUAGGUUAUUGAUUAUUUGAUUCGAUUACUUUACCGGGUGUACCUGUUCUGCUUCGUUCGUCUUUUGUCUGAUUAGUUUUUGCAUGCCCACUACAAACACUAGCCUCCACAAGUAUCAAAUAUUCUCGUCACCGUGGAUCAUGAUCAGGUAAUUCCUUUUUCUCGCUUGACUUCUUGGAGGGUUUCAUCAUUCCGACGAGUGUCGCACAGGUUUGCGCAGCUGUGUCAGCGAUCUAUACGACACUGUCAGACCCUCAAGAACUCCGGACCCUAGCAGCACAGUAUUCUCAAAUUUUCCUUCGCUUCCUUCGUGGGACCCGAAUCUCCGUCAUAAAUUACGCGUACAUAUACUGGGUUACCGUGGAGAUCUGCUUUUAUUUCUGGUUCUACGUGCACAAGAAAACGCUUUGCACUCGCGAGCACCGCUUUCCAGUGCAUAGCACAAACACCAAAGGCCGCAGAGAGUUGUUGCAGUGGUGGUUGGACUCACUUUAAGAAAGCGAAUCUGACACAAGCAUGCAAUUAAAAAAUCGUUCUUGGAGCUGGCCGACCUUUCUCAAGAUUCUAUCAUAUUUAAUUGUUUGAUGCUAUCUCUAUCUGUAUCACAAACACAAGUUGCCAGUUGUUCGUUCUACUUCUAAUAAGCUGACCGUGCGGCACUGGCGCAGCUUAACCAAGACCGCGGCUCAAACAAAUCGCGAACAACAAGUCGGGAGUCUUGGCACGCGGAAGACGAGCCAGUUGCUCGCACAGGAAGCGCUGAGUUACUAGAUGCAGAGGACGUACUCUAAGAAAUUUUGUUUAUUUAGAGGAUGAAGGGAAAUGCAAAUCUGUCGGCCCUGUCCUCUCUUUGUUUUUAUCAUAUUUCUCUUUUGAUGCAGGAACAACACUGAAGAAACUUCGGCCGAACGAAUGACUCAUAGUUCUUUUGUGCCUCUCGUGCAGGAGAUGCAGCAAGCUGAUAGGUUUCAUUUUGAAAAAACAACUGCAGGAAGACCUUGAUGAUACGGCGACUGAUACGGAGAUGAAAAGAGGUCAUGGAUCUCACGAACGCACGAUAGACCACCUACAUACAGAGGCUCCACGCCUCGUGCGAGCAGCGCCGCCACCGGAUGUCCGCGGCCUUAAGAUGAGCGCCUCCAGACCCAAUCUAAAGACGUAAGAACAACGAGUUAAAUUCAGAGCUUCCUACAGUAACAAUGACGCUAUCUUCGCGGUCGGUGUUGUUGUAAUUAGAAUAUCAAUAUUUUAAUACUAAGGCAUGCGCUUUGACGCUGUUACAUUUCCGUUCACUUCUGAACGAUGAAGGCUACUGGUAAUACGUCUACUAGUACAACUAGUACGAGGGAGAAAGAAAAACUUUCAUUCCCUCGUAUCAUCGUUCGGUGGCUUGCCACUUAGGCACCGUGCGAACAGUGGUCUCUCAGACGACGCGCAAGCGACAGCCAAAAUUAUUGCGGCGCGAGAUGGGGGUCUCGCCUGGGGAACAGCAAGGGCGUCAGUGAGUAGCUGGAAGUCUGGCCUUGGAAAUGGAUCACCAGUUGAGCGUCGCGUAAUGUCAGCAGAAACAGGUCCACCAUGUCCUUCAGCAGCAGCUAACACAGGCAUCGACUUGCCGACGUCAGACUCAUCAUCCCCCUUAUCGGCACGGAUGGUUGCUGCGCAGCAGAGACCCAGUGGAGGCAUUCUCAAAAAAGAUGAGAAAAUUCCCUCGACCGAGGAUCUUGCUCGUUUAGAAAUGGGCAAACUUCGGCGCAUCUUCUCUUCGAAAGGCAUCUUGCUACCCAUGUCUUCCAGCGGCGAAAGUGUAGAAAAGAUUGCACACAGUGCGGUGCAGCUUUUGCACAGAACCAAUUUUAAGAGACAAAAUUGAUAUUCGUGCAACUUCAAAUACAAACCUUCACUGCUUGUCGUAUGAACAUUGGAACAUCAGUGUGAGCUUCAUAAAAGGUAUGCACGAAGCAAGUUUCCUCCCAUCAUGUUUUUCUCUUAAGAUACUCACAAUGAGGUCGAAACAAAGAAGAAGUAAAAAUUCUAAUGUUUCUGGAGGAGAUCGUUCCGUAUAUGCGCAACAAGGAGCAAAUGGGCCUCUAGCAGGUCGACAAUUAUCGAGGAGCAUCUAUAGUGACGGGCUGCCCAUGUUGUCGGGGAAUGAGCCGGUGGGGCCAUCAACAGGAAUGAAAGACGAGCUCACUCUUUCGUGGGUGUCAAAUAAUGGUGAUGAAAGGGGCCAUGCAGGAUCAUCUUCUUCAUCGCGGUCGCGAAUACUAUUGAAAGAGAACCAGAACGCUGGAGCGUCUUUGACUUCUAAAAUAAGACAGGGCGAGGGGUCCUUCUCAGCUGCCGCGACUCGUCUGUCAGGCGCCUCACACGCGUCCGCCUCCGGUGACAGGAAUGCCGGCAUUUCAUCGUCGAGUAGUCCAUCGGUUUCGUCAAAAACUGAUCUGUCGCUUUUUCGGCGUGUUUCUCAGAGCUUUGCAGAGCUUUCUUUCGUGCGGCGUAGUAAAAAGCAAUACGACAGUCACCAUUUCUUGAGCUCCUACAAUCCAUUUAUGGAAAAGCAGGGGACACUGGAAGAUGGUGGUGACCCCACAGCGUCGACGCCAUAUGCUGACAUGCCCCGAGGCGGAAGUGACGACCCCGUUGGCCGAAGUAUUUAUGCAUGGUUAUCAACGCGGCGUGCCCAUCUCUUACUCGUAGUCUUAAUCGUAUCGCAUCUUCUAGCAAUCUCCAAAUAGAAAACCGCUCAGAGUAGAUGCCUGAAAAUCUGUCUUCUUUUUUCGGAGGUACCCCUAAUACAGCAUAUCAGCAGAUACGGACGAUGCUUUGAGUAGAGCUGGAACAUCUUCGUUUACUCUUGCUGGGCACGCCGCAACGCCCAACAGCAAGCGACAGGGCGAGCACGCAAAUCAACAUCACCAUCGUCAUAUGGAAGAGGAAGCUUUUUCCAUCUUCAGCACAACCAUCGCAGUAGGCACCGACUACUAUUCUUUGUUUCACGGUUAACCUUAAGUCUAACAGAGAACCUAAACAAGUAAGUAGCUGUACGUGGAUCAAGCGAACUAGGAUGUCGUCAUGCACUGUAACCUCACAGAUCAUAGAAAAAGCUUCUCCCGUCAUAUAGCAGCGUGUAAAAAAUGUGCCUGUAGUGCUCAAGUUGAUGCAUAGAAUGACACUGCAUCCGGUCCAGUACGUGAACUCGGCGGUGAGUCUCCGAAUCCGCGACUUCGCGUUUUGGGUGCUCCAUAUGUUUCAAGAUCUUUUGCCCUAUUCUAUGGCCGUCAAGUCUGGGUACAUGGCGUCGUCUAUUCUAGGUGUCUUCGAACCCCUACUGCGGGUAGCGAUCACGUACAACCCGUUCCUGACGCGGACGGCCGCCCGACAGCUUCGAAACGACUUGCAUAGCAUGAUGUGUUCAGACGAUGCAGAGCAAAUGAAGCACCAAGGAAUGGAAGGCAUUCUUAGCGCCUUUCAAUACCACCCAGAGGGGAUGUAUCCCGAAUACACGUUAUGAAGCUUGUCGUCAUCGAGGAGAAACACCUAGACCAACUACUUCGUUUUUUUUAUUUAGUCCUCGACCCUUACAACUACAAGUAUCCAUAUCCUUAUCUUUGAAUGUAGAUCACUCGUCUUAUUCUCUCAAGCAUCCAAAUGGGCAUUCACGUUGACCUAGAGCUGAAGCGGAACUGUCUAAAAACAGAAGAAUUAAAUAGAUACUAAGUGAACACAGCCUCUGAACUAUUACUGCGGCGGUCACUGUUCUGGUCCCCUCCAUUCUUCAUACGCCUUAGUGGACAUGCGCAAGGCAGAAUUCGCCUCGUGGUUCAUCGACGAUCUUUUCGAAAAGUGGGCUGACGUGUAUAAGUCCACAGACUUGCGACAAUUAUCCCGCGAGGACGUAGAGGACUGGAUGGCACAGUUUUGGUUCGAGGCAAGACCGGUGGAAGAGCUGCAGCAAGAUUGCGAACUCACUGGGAACACUGAGGAGUGGAACGAGCUGCAGGAAAUGUUAAGAAAACUAGGUUGAUGAUCAUGUUGCUGCUGUUCGUGGAAGAAAAACUACUGUAAAAAUUUAGAGAUCUGGUGCGUGUUGUCGAGUGCUUCCAUUUGAACAGCGACCAGUUGUGCAGCUAGAAGAUCGAUGAAGUAUUACUUACACGACAUUUUUGAAUUUGUUCUUAGUUGUAAUUCACUGUAGAAUUUUUAUGCAGUUUCCGUUGAGCUCAGGACAUCCGCUUUGAAAGUCUAAGCCAAGUCGAUUACGUAAUUGCCUGGGCAGAGGUUGGGGACGUGUUGAGCAAAAAACGACGAAGAAUUAUGGGCAAGGAGGUAGUUGGAGUUGGUAUACCCUGUAUAAUAUCAAGACUGACUCAGGCGAAAUCGUUCUUCCCACACGCACACCUCUACUAUCUCUAACAAGAAGUGGUUCUUAUGCUAUCACGACGAUCUUCCCGUACUCUAUCGACCUGCGUUAUUAUAUUUUUUUACAACGGCGAUUGCGCCUAUGGUAGAAGGGUGGGCCCUUAGUCUGCGAUACGACAGUGAGAGCACUAGCUGGUGGAAGAACUGUGGUUUUGAGGGUGGCGGUUUCCAAACGAAAUAUCGUGGCUUGAUUCGCUACUUUUACCGUGAAGCAGACGAGACGCGUCAGGCGAGGAAGAGGAGACUGCGAGCGCUGGAGAGAAGCGGAGGGCGACUCACCACUGCUCGACAACGGCAACUUCAAAAAUCGAAAUUGCGUUUCUCGUUUUCAACAGGAACCACGACGAUGGCGAACGGAGGAGGUGGAGGAGGAACAUCUGGUGGUGACACAACGACCUCUGGAGUGCCAGGGAUGAUCGGUCAAGCAGGCGGGGCGACGCCAACUUUUAGUGGUGCAGGUCGUGUAAAUCAAGUUCAAACUGCAACAACUUUUGAUCAUGGGGAAAAUAGUUACACGACGUUUCUCGGAAAUCGGGACCUCCCUAAUGGUGGUAGAAAGCUUCCGAUCGUGUUUUGUCAUGGUCUGGGCAUGGGUCAGAUGGGAAACACGCUCUUAAUUCGUGGCUUGGUCGAAACAUUCGGUGAAGAUAACGAUAUUUUCCUCUUUUGCUUAUGGCGCAAAGUAGAUCUAACGGAUUCAUGGUGAUCAUGGUUUGAAUUUCGUCCCCUAGUUAUGUCUAGGAACGUCGACGAGCACACUACGUAGAUAUUUUGAUAAUCUUGAUUCCGAUCGGCGCAAAACGAGAAUAUUUGAUCUUCUAAACUUUUUUCCUUGGGUAUCUAUGCGCCUCAUCGACGCUGUGCCGACGGGGGGAACCGUGGCCUUCCAAAUACAGCACACACUGGAUUUUCAUGGCUACCAGAGCGCGCAUUUCGUAGGGCACAGCUACGGAACUUACAUUUUUAAGGUCGGGUGUUUUGGAAAUUCUCAUUGAAUUUUUACUUUUGAAGAAAGAGCAACGGCAAGAGCAUCUUCUUUGUCUUUCUUGCUUCUGGAACGAUGAGCUGUGUGUGGGUUACUUCAUCCAAGAUGACGAACUUCUACCUUCAAGACAAAAUGGAUUUUUCGUUCUGAAGAAACUUGAUGUCUAACGUCAGCUCUUGCUGUCGGAAGCACUUCCCGCAGAUGGUUGCGAAGUUGUCGCUUGUCGAUCCAGUCUGUUUUCACACGUUGAAGGUUACGGUCGGCACUAUGGGCCAAACCUUCCGUGAGCCGACUAAUGUGAUGGAUGCCGUGAUAGCAUAUGUCGCUUUCCGCGAGCUCUUCACCGCUUUCUCGAUGAGCUGGAUCCACUGGCAGGUACUGCUACUAGUAUGCUGCGUUACUGAUUCGGAUCCUGCGGCCUUUGGGACAAGAUACCAUUUUUAAAAAAGUCCAUUUGCAGUGGCAGUGCAUCAGCAUCAUGUUCCUCUUUCAUAUUUUGGUUAUCCUGCUCACAGUAACCUCUCAUUUCUCACAACACCUGCAUCAGGAUGCAGAAUUAUUUCCACACGAGCUGCCUGUGGGGCAGACGCUUGUUUUUCUGCAGGGAAAAGACAGCAUUGUUCCCGCGAAUAUCGUGCGUCGGUACCUCGGAGAAUACGAACCUGACAUUCUACGCAUUAGCUAUGUCUCUGACACAACCCAUGCAUGCUUUCUCAUGCCAAAUAUGAAGCACAUUCUCGCGCUCGUUUUGGACGAGAUCAAGACACUUCAUCAUACGCCAGCGCCUGAAAUACAGGAUGAAGUGACCGUGACGCCAACAUCAGAAAAAAUCAACACAAGUAUGUAGUUCUUGUAGUAGGCCUACUUAUGGGUGCACCAAGAUAACUAAAGCUCGAAUUUCAGGCAUCGGAAGAAGAACCACCAGGAGCAGAAACAGUGCUUUCAGGCGCAGCUACGGAAAACCAACAGCCCCCCUCUUGAUGUUCGCCAUGUGUUUACCUGAAUCUCAAUCUUACUGAUACCUGUAUGUAUUAUUUGUUACUUGAUAUAUUUAUAAUAUGUAGUAUGUAUAUGUAAAAAAAGAAAGCCGAAGAUUAGCAUGACCGUCAUUAAAGUGGUUUCAUUCUGAUGUCAUCAAGAUCAUUUUCGUAUUUGUACUGCAGGCAUCAGCUGCCACGAAGAGCUUGUAUCGAUUUCACCUAAACAAUAUCAGAGUCUGAAUUUUGUUUUCAUCUCCUUUUAUGUAAGCACCGUCUCGUGCACCAGAGACAGGUAGUUAUUCUGAGCUACAGCUAGUGUCUAUAUAUUUAAGACAUCUUCUAUUUCAUCUUUGAUUUUUUUUUCGCGCCGCUAGUAAAUGCUUCUAGUUUGAUUUAGUAAUUGUAAUGCUAGGGCUGACUGGGUUUGACUAGUAUAGAAAUAGAGUCGGAUCCACAAGAAUGUCUGUGUCAGGGUGCAGCUUGACUACAAAUACUUGAAACAUAUUAGCCACGCGUUCCCGUUCCGUUCAAAAUCUAACGAAUUUGAUAAAACAACUGUAUUUAUUCUCAGGCCAAUUACAACAGAGGGACGGACUUCAUCUCUCUCUUCCUCUACUUUGAACAAAAGUAAAAGUAGGCGACUAUCAGGUUUGUUCUUAAUAUUGAUGUCACCUGUAUCAGCCCCAGGAAAUGUAUUGUUUUUUCCUCUCCGAGAAAACUCUCAUGGAAGUCCCGAACGAUUGAUUUUCCACAUCUAUGUACUCGGGUGUCUAUUUCCUUUUUCUUAUCAUACACUGGUGUGAAGAUCUUCAUGUAUUGCCUCGCAUUGGUACCAACAUGCAACACAGAUAUGAUGCAUUUGAUCCUGCCUUGUUCCUGUGUGCAUACGUGCUAGGGCUGCAUGUAGCAUAUCCUCUCUCUCAUCUAAAUCGUGCUUUCGCAACCAUAAAUAUUUCACGACAGACAAAGAGUUUUAGUGUAGUAACUACGUAGUCCAUGUUGGUUGUCGAUCGAGACAAGGAUUAUAUGAACAAUUUGUAUGUUGAUUUUGUAUAGAGGCAAUCAAAGCAGCUAUUGCAAAUGCUAACAAAACUGCGCUGCCUACAGCAUACACAUACACAUGAAAUGCUACAUACUUACAGUUAGUCAUGGAAAUUGCGUAGUCUCGUGGUUGUCGUCGAGAUAUUCUAGUCAGUAAACCUGAACUAAAUGUUAAGGUCGUCGACUGGUUUUUUCACCUCGAUAGCGAUCUGAAUCAAUUCCGAUUUUCAGUGAAAUCAGAAUUAAGGAAUAUUAUCGGAUCGGCAGAAGUAGACGUGAAGAGCGACUGCAGG